AUGGCUGACCAGAUGAUGUCUGGGACCGAUUUGUGGUUUUGGGAUUCCAACCCUGACACGAAGAUGUCCGCUACCGAUGACAUGAAAGAUAUAAUCAACCAAGUCGUCAAUGAUGAGGAGAGAGACGGUUCCUGGUAUCACAACGCAUUGGCUGCUGUCGGUAGCGAUUGUGGUGUGCACCACCAUCCUGACACUGCAAUCAACCACUCAAAACCAGCCGAUCUCGAGGAAUAUCUCAACAAGCCACUCCCGAUCGAGGACUAUCUCAACAAGCCGCUUCCACCUACUCCUGGACAGGCCUGCUUGGACGUGCAGUUUGCAGAUGCCGGUAUUGAUGCGAGAGCCUACGCGCAAACUGUUGGAAGGACUGGAGAAUAUGUGCCCACAUAUCAGAAUCUCAGACAUAUCCGGGAUUCAGAGGAUCUUCCAGACUAUGACCCAUCCACCUGUGCCUAUCCUACAAGAGCCAUUCUCAACCCGAAAUCUCAGAAAUCCAAGUACCAAUCGGCCCCCAAGAAGAAUCAUUCCAAAGGUCAAAGAGCAAAUGCCCCAGCUGGCGACUGGACUUCGAUCAACAUUGACCAAGGUCUUCCCACACCUCUCAAUCAAUUCGAUGUCUUCUUUGAACAGCCUACAAGCAAGAAGCGUAGCAACCGUGACACCCUCGAUGAUAGUCCCAUGAUUUAUGAUUACGACAUCAGUCCCGUCGGCACCAAGAAGAUCCGAGUUGCAGAACAGCAAGACGACUCAGAUAUCGAGAUCAUCGCCACCAAGAAGAUCCGCACUGCAGAAGAGCAAGACGACUCAGAUAUCGAGAUCAUAGCUUCGACCACCUGCUGCAUCGAGCUUCCACCCACUCCUCCUUGCGAAGACAACGACUGCGAAUACCUGUACACCGUUCCCAGCCCACCACGCAAACGCAAGAUCCCAGUCUUGACCGGCUACCCCGGCCAAUUCGAGAGCUACGAAGUGGCACACCUGCGUCGUCGUACCGCUGCCAUCCUCGUCCCAGAAUGCCGAACCAACGGCGACCCUCUCCACCCGAAUGGCGAGUUCACCCACACCAACUUCAUCGAUGACCCGACCUACCCGUACAAAGAUUACACCAAAGCAAUGCUCAACAGUCUGCCAACUCGCAAUGUCGCACUCAACUUCGCCGACUUCCAGAUGGAUCUUGCCGCCGAAGACCUCACCCGCACCAAGGCCGAAGAAAAUCUCCGUCGAGAAGCGCAUCUUGAGUGUACCAGCGCUCGGCUCGAGGGUGUCUCGGUCGGCCAAUUCCGUUACUAUCAGGGCCACAUGAGUAUUGAGGAAUACAUGGCUGCCAAGAUGUGCAUCUGCUGGGAUGACUGCUGGUGCAACAAGUUGUGCACGAUCUACGCCGAUGUCAUGUGUCCUUGCACCGAGUCGAUUGUCUUGCAUGAUUGAGCUGCUGCUCCAUAUGGGCCUGAGAGGGCUGAGAUGGACCCAAGACGUGGACUGAGUCAGCAUAAAUCCCAUGAAAGGGCUAUGAGGGUAUGCUUCGCUUGAUAGAAGGCCCAACGGAAAAGAACUUGAAUGGAUUGAAAAGGUUGCAUUAUGAAGACAGUCGAAACAGAAAAGUCUCAUGGCAGACAUUCACAUUGAUAGUGAUAAUAGAAAGGAA